AUUGUGACAUGGUAACCCUGCCUAAUUGUUGUGCACGUGCUUUUGUUUGUAAACAAAAACAAACUUUCUUGCCGGACUGGGAUAGAAAACUUGGAAAUAGUGUAAAUUAAAUUGAUCCCAAAAAAUUGGAAUUUGCAGAAAAUUUUCCAAAAUGUCCUCAAGUGAUUCAGAAGAUGAGGAACAAAUGAAAAUGUUCUUGGAAGCGUCUGACACAACAUUUCUAAACAAUGAUAUGUUUAAGGACAAGACCGAAAAAGAAACCAAAGACGAUAGUGUAGCUAAUGAAUCAAUCACCAAAAAGGAGGAGGAUAAACCAAAAUCACAACGAUAUCUAGCAGACGAAGAAGAUGCCACCGGAACUGAUUUCAAUUUACCCGAAUCAAUGCAAAAACAUAUGGCUAAAAAAUUCCAUGAUAUCCUGAAACAAACCUAUGAAUUUUGUGAAGUCAACAAUGCGAUCGGCGAAAAAAAAUCAAAAGCAAAAAGUCGUGUCAGGCUAUUAAACGGCUUUGAAGAUUAUGUUAAACCUUAUGAAGAAUUCGAAUACGAAACAAAAGGUCCCACGAGGAAACCGGAAAUCAAAAGAAGAUGUAUUGAAAAUAAUUCACCCGACGACGAGUGUCUGAAACAAUUAGCCAUAAGUGGAAACGAUAUAUUGUCGGGAAAGGAAACCAAAUCCUGGGCAAAGAAGAAAGAACGUAAAGAUAAAGUUUUCCACUAUAGAUUGGGGGCGAAUGAUAUUUGUCAUGCCAAAGAAGUCAUCAACGAAUUUACCCCAAUUAGGCGUAAGAAUCAUUGGAGUGAAAAUAAAAUAAAAGAUUUCAAAAUUGUUAAGUCGUACUUAUGACUGGUGUUCUCUCUUAAGUGUUUUUUGGAUUUUCAAUAGAAUAAUAGAGAUUAUUGGAUACUAAAAGAAUUAAUGAGAAAUAUAUGGUACAAAAAG